UCAAUGUAACGCACAUGAACCACGAUCUGUGAACGAAGCCCAACAACUGGAUCCUACGGUAAUGUUCACGUGUAUAUAAUUCAUAUAAUUCAAUCUCAAAGACGUUAUUUUGUCCCGAAUAGAUUUAUAUAAUGGCCCUGGCUGUAGUUGGAGUCGUGGUUUAAACGUCAUGGAAACAGUCCCGCCAACUUGUGAAUAGUUUUCCUUCUACUUGUAUUUCACUCGUAUUCAAACUCGAUCAUGGCGAGUGGCAGCAGCGCGGAAAUGGAUCCUGAUGUUGCUCGGAGGCUGUUCGAAGAAGGAGCCACGCUGGUCCUGAUGGGGGUGCCACAAGGUACGGAGCUCGGCAUUGACUGUAAAAGCUGGCAGGUUGGACCCCGUUUUAGAGGGGUCAAAAUGAUUCCACCUGGUCUGCACUUUCUCAACUACUGCGCUGUGAACCAACCCAACUGUGGUGGAGAGGUCGGCCCAAAGAGAGGCCUCUUCCUCACCUUGAAACCAAAAGAGAUCCUGCUGGCUAACUGGGACCCGAAGGAAGAAGAUCUGGAUUUUUCUGCAUCUCAGAACGAGGAAGAGGUGAAUAAAAUCCGUGCAAAUCUGAGAGAUCUGGACCCUUACUUAGGACCGUAUCCCUAUGAAGUGAUGAGGAAGUGGGUGUCUCUGACGGACCACUUGAAUGAAGAAGUCGCGAACAACCUGCAGCCUCUCUCUGGCCGAAUAUGUGCCUUCAGCGAUGUAAUUCCCGAAACCCAGUACAGACACACCAAGGACAGAGCAGAUCAGCCCAGGAAUGACGUCGCCUGCCAGAGCAUGAAAGAGGGCCUGGACAGACUUCCUCGGAUGAAGAUUCGGGAAGGCACGGAGCUGCGUUUCUCCAUCAUCCCUGAGAAAAACUACCCCCCUGGUGCCACCCCAGCUCAGAUAACACAGUACAGCAUGGACCUGAGCUACACUCUGGAGUUAGUACUGGAGAAGAACCACAAGCUGAAUCCUCUCAACUUGCUUGGUGAGCUGCAGUUUGCCUUUGUGUGCUUCAUCAUCGGGAAUGUGUAUGAAGGAUUCGAGCACUGGAAACGUCUGCUGACUAUCCUUUGUCGUGCCGAGUCCUCCAUGCACACGCGCAAGGACUUGUAUUUGGGUCUCAUUGCUGUGCUCUACCACCAACUUGGAGAAAUUCCUGCAGAUUUCUUUGUGGACAUCGUUUCACAGGACAACUUCCUCACCUCCACUCUGCAGGAUUUCUUCCAGUUUGCCAGUGGGCCUGCUGUGGAUAGCUCACUCCGCAAGAGAGCAGAGAAAUUUAAAGCUCAUCUGACCAAGAAGUUUCGCUGGGAUUUUGACGCCGACCUGGACGACUGUGCUCCUGUGGUGGUCGAGCUGCCUGAAGGUUUAGCCAUGGACUGAUAACUGUCUAAUAUCUCCAGUCUAUUGACCAGUGUGUCAUCACAACAAGAAUGAGAUCGCCUUGUUAUAGCAGAUCCAGCCCUUUGUUUUCUUCUCAAGUUUUAUGAACACUCUUGUGGUUUAACUUCUUUCUGAGGUCAAAGUUGGGUUUAAAUACUUUAAUAUCUGAGAAAGUAUUUCGUUGUGCCAUGCAAAUGACUAUACAUGGAAUCUUUGUGCUACAAUAAAUUAAAUUUGGUUUGUUAAAACGUGGCUUUUCUUUUUUUUUAUGUGGUCAGAAAAUUAUUUUGUUUCUGUAAACUCUGUUUUUUGCACCCCUAAAUUUUAAUUUCUUUAUCAGGCAGAGGUCGUUAAUAUAGUAGGGAAAAAAUUCAUAUCGCCACCACUAGAUAGCGCCAUUGCGCCCUCAUAGCGUCCAGUCUUUUUUU